AUCAAAGUAAAAGGAAGAUGGUCAUCAUGGCAACCACAGUGACCCCUGAGCCCCUUACGGCCCUCUCUCGGUGGUACUUGUACGCCAUCCACGGUUACUUCUGUGAAGUCAUGUUCACGGCAGCCUGGGAGUUUGUGGUGAACUGCAACUGGAAGUUUCCUGGCGUGACGAGCGUGUGGGCGCUCUUCAUCUACGGAACCUGCAUCCUGAUCGUAGAGCGCAUGUACCUUUGUCUGCGGGACCGCUGCAAUGUGCUGCUCCGCUGCAUCAUAUACACACUGUGGACGUACCUGUGGGAGUUUGGCACGGGUUUGCUGCUACGGCAGUUCAACGCCUGUCCGUGGGACUACUCUGAAUUUAAAUAUAACUUCAUGGGCCUGAUCACGGCAGAGUACGCUGUGCCGUGGUUCUGCGCCUCCUUUAUCGUAGAGCGCCUGGUGAUACGCAACACGCUCAGGUUGUACUUCGAUGAGGCCGCCGAUCCCAGCCAGGCUGAAGAGCAGUCGGACAGAGGCGGUGGAGGAAGAGAAGGCGGAGGGCGAAGAGGGCGAGGGGCCAGAGCAGGGGCCACCAGCGCAAACGGUUACGUGAAGGUGGAUUGAAGAUGUUGUCAACACUUUUUCCCAUCUCAAAGCUCCCGUCACCCAUGACUUUAUCCGCACAUCUCUCAGUCUCUCUCCCACCUGCUUCCAGGGAAAGAGUUGCUCGGACACAGCUGGUGCA